AUGGCUGCGGUGGGCUGUUGCAGGAGGUUUUGUAGGGCUGGCUGGCAGCCCACCCUUCAGUUUAUCCGCCAUGGCUCCAAAUCCGUCACGCGUCACUGGAAGCCGAUGCACUUUUUGAGGCAGAAACUGAUGGCGGUGACCGAGUACAUCCCACCGAAACCUCCCAUCCCGUUGGAGUGCAUGCCCCAGGUCAAACCUGUCGCGAAGGAAGACGGCUUUGUGAAGCUUUUGCAUCGGCAAGUGGAGGAAACUUUUCGUGAGAACAAUAUGAUUGCAAUCUGCCAGUACAACUAUGCUCCUGGGUACGACAUCAUACUCAUGAGGCACCGACUGCGGAAGUACAACAUCCACGCCAAAUUCUUCCCCAGCGAGGUUGUUAGAACUUUUCUCAUGGAAUCCAAAUACAAGAAUCUCCUCCCUCUCUUUGUGGGACGCAACGUUCUGCUGGUGAGCCCGGAGACCAGGGCUCAGGAGAUGCUGCGGGUCUUGAAACGCAUUCCACAGAUCAAUCUCCUGGGAGCCUGCGUGGACAACACCAUCAUGAGCAAGGAAGGCUUCACCAACUACGCCAAGCUGCCCUCUGUGGAGGCCACCCAAGGGGAAGUGGUGGGGGCUCUCUCUCUCCUGCCCUCCCAGACCAGCGCACUCCUCCAGCGCGGCCCCGUUCACUUGAUAUCCUUGCUGGACCAGUAUGUUAAACAGCAGAACGGCAAAGGGGCAGAGGGGAAGGAGGGGGGCGACUGCUGA